AAACAAACUUAUGAAAUUUGCGAAAGUAAAAUGUUUCGUACUGCAAGCACCUUAGUUUUUCGAGGAGCUCUGCAUGUCCAAACAAAACAAUAUACGAAUCGAUGUGUUCACUAUAUACAAGGUCAGAAUUUAGGACCCAGAAUAAGGGAAUAUUUUUAUUUUAUCGAUCAUCAGGGCCAGUUAUUUCUUGAUGAUGCCAGGAUAAAGAAUUUCACCUCUUGCUUUAAAGAAAAGGAUUUCUUGGUGUUCUUUUUUCAAAGGCUGAGAUUAAAUGAAACUGACAGAUAUACAGAUGAAUUUCCAUAUUUAUCACCUUGUGGAAGGGAACGGAAUUACAUUCGGUGUGAUGAUAAAGCAAUUGUGUAUACUCACCUCAUAGAAUCAGAUUCAGGAGAAGCACUUUUAUCCUAUGGAGGUGCUGGCAAUGCUAUGACUACUGAAUUCUUGCCCACACGGAUAUGCAUGUUGCCCAAUACUGGGCGAGUUUACCACCCAGCCAUGGCUAAAUUGGGAGGGAUUGGACUGAUUAAGUCAAGCCUUGCCAUAGAACUCAGUAAAUAUUUUGAAUUUGAAAAUGGCGAAAAUCAUCCACCAACUCAUUUCAACUGGAAGGAAAAGAGACUGACUUUGACUAAUGAUUUAAUUGACUUGAUGGAUAAAACUCCAUUCCAAAUCAGAGAAAUUUUAGAAAAAAAAUAAUUGAUGAAAGUUGAUAUUUUAUACUCAGUUUAAUUAAAUUAUAAUCAGAUGUGUAUGAAAAAAAUUGAUUUCAUCUAUAUUAAAAGGAUGCAUAAAAGAUAACAUUAGUGCUCAAUAUUCAUAAACCCUUUGAUUUUACAAAUAUUGAUUGAUCAUUAUGAG